AGAAUCUUCGUUAGAAGAAAAUAAAGAGAAGAAAGUUAAAAAAAAAAUAAGAUAGGAAGAAAUCAGGUAAAGAUAGAUCAGCAUAAGCAAUAUAAGAAAUACUUACUGAAACAGAAAACAAAUGAGUUUGAAAUAUUUGUACAAUCAGAAUCUGAUUAUUUUCUAAAGUCUAAUUAUGAAAAAUGAAAUUAUAGAAAACAGAGUAAAAACUUCAUUAAUAUACAGGAGUUCCACUUUGUAGGUGCGAAGGCUAGCAAAAUAUAAAAACUGAAUACUGGAUUCUAAUUUAAAACAACCUGUACUUUAUUUUCCCACACCAUUAUUAAAGAUUCAGAUUUUACAUCUCUUACUUAAAAGACACCAGGACUCGUUUCAAUAAAUUAGGUGACGGUGAAAAUAAAGCAAAAGUUCAGGCUUUAAAGUUUAUAGCCUUAUUCAUAUGUCAACGCUCUUGCUUGUUUCCAUAUCAAAUAGAAGUAAAACUGAAGGGCAGCCCUUUAGUACCCAUGUGCUCCAGGUUCUUUGUACAAAGCAGUGAUUUGUAUGCUGUUACUACUGCUGUACUGUCCAUCUAGAACUUCUGUAAACCAACAUUAAAAAUGUGUAAAAAGGCUGUAUCACUCACUCCAAGUAGGCUGAGCUCUAGGAUGGCAAAAGAGAUUCCCCUGGAAAAGGAGGGGUCUAGUAAAAGACUGGAGAAAAGAUUUCCCUCCACUCUAAAACCAGGAGCGCAAAUUAUUUUCAUCAUUUUGAAAAUUAAGCUGAUCACCGGAAGACGUUUCAGUAAAUAAAACAUCAGUGCCUCAGAACAGCAAACCCAUUAUCCUAGUAAUAAUGACAAGUUACUUAUUAAUCUGUGGCAUACCCAGCCCCUCUAUUAUUUUCUUAUGGUGCCAUUGGCCAUUUAAGGUUUUUUAAACUUCAUAAUGUUGGGGUGUCAGCAACUGAGCUCUUCUUACUACAACUCUCAGAAACUACAGCCAAGAACCAGAAAAAGACUAAGAGAAAUUUUACUGCAGCUGUUGGGAGAAGUAGCUAGGACGGAGCUUUACCCGAGAGUGAUUUUAUUGCUUUCUCCUAAGAGUAUAUGUCAAAUCUGGGUGUUUUUUUUUUUAAUACUAAAAAAUAACUUGUAAGAUUUAUCAAGGUAUUAAAAUUCUAUUCAAGAUGUUAGCCAUCACUUGCAUUUCACUAUCAUUUACAGAUUUAAUAAUUACGCUUCCAAGAUUAGAAUCCAAAUGAAAACACUGGGCCCAAGACCGGCCUGUGAAUUUUAGCUCUUACAUUUUAUAUCUUGACACUAUGUCAUUAUGAACGUCUGGGUAUGACCUUUCCACAAAGCAACUGCCCUUUAAGCAGUUCUACAGUCAAUCCUAUGUUUUCCCCCACCUUUUUUUUUUUUUAAAGGUUUGAGACUUACCUCAGCCUUUUGGGAAAUAUCAUUCAUGUUUGCUCUAUGUGGUCUCAGGGUGAUUAUGGAGCUUUGUAUAUUUUUGCACCCGCCCGGAGCCGACGAGCAGCGAGUGUCCUCCUCGCGCGCGGAGAGGCUGUGCGCGUCCUGCGCCUGGGUGCGGGCAGGGGUCUGGGCGCUCCGGCCGCUGCCGCCGCCGCUCCGGCCGCUGGGAGCCCUCUGGCCGCCGCCGCCGCCUCCAGCAGCAAGUUUCCAUAAAAGUCCUGGUGCGCAGCCUGUUCCCGCAUUCCAGGCGGGCCCAGCGCCGGCUGCAGCUGUUCCAGAACACCAGGCCAGUUCCCCCAACCCCCACCUCCGCCGUAGCGCCCGGAGGGGGGUGGAGUGUCGAGGAGGGAGACUGGAGAGGGGCGGCGGCUGCCAACUUUCCGCCAGAACCUGCCGGUCGCCCGAGUCUGGGUCGCCGAGCCUCUCACCGGAGUUCUGGCCUCCACCUCCCGGCAGGGACCGGACACGGGAGGCGGCCUCCCCGGUGGGUAAGGAGUGA